AUGUCUUCCCUCCUCUGCAUCCUUCUCCUUUGUGUGGGGAUGGUGGCUGUGCAGGCCUCGCCUAUGCCAGACGUCGCCUUCUUCAGGGAGUUCCCGCCAUCCAGAAGCAGUGCUCACGGCCCGGAAAUCAGAUACCCUCUCCGGAUCAAUACUAGAUCCCCUUUAUGUCGUGCAGUUGCUCCGAAACUCUAUUGUCCCGAUAAUGACACCGCUGUCCAGGAUUUAUCAGUGGGAAAUUUCGAAGUGACGGGAGUCGACUACACUUCUCUAGAGCUAACAAUCAACGUCGAACACCUCUGGAAGAAACAACCGCCGGGGGCGUGGAAGACAGACCCCUCCUCGCAACAACACACGGAAAGAGGCAGAGAGCAAAAAAACAGCUCCCAAACGUUCUCUGUUAAUCAUCCUCCUUACUUCCCUCAAUGUCACCGCCAAUGGGGCGAUGAAGCAGCAGGUGUCAGCCCUCGCAGGAUUUAGUUUGGUGUGCCUGCUGAGGCCGCCUAGCAAGUUCUUCAGAGGUCGGGCAGGGGCAGAUGGUGACCGUCCCACUAUAGCUUAUGCAUUACAUCUUUCGAUUUCACUGACACUGCUGGGAGAUUCCCGUAGAUCAAAAUAUCUUGCUUCGGCUCAAAAAAGGGCUUACUGCUUGACUCUUACCGUAUAGCUCAAAUCACGUGCUUCAAAACCCGCUUGCAUUAUCAUUAUUUCACAUCAAAGUUUUUAAAAUAAGUAGACAGUUAGCGGCUUUUAUGCGAUUUAAUAUCUGGCCUUUUAAACUUCUAAGUACUUCCUUAUAUUCAAUCUCCAUUGUUGAAAACCUUCUCCUAUUUUCUAGGUGACGACCCUGCCGCAAGUGCUGCAUCUGCACGGCGGAAGCCUCGCGUGCAACGAUGCCACCUGCAAGAAGCAGAACGGGAGAAAACAGGAGAAAAACAUGAGAUAGGUACAUAGAUUGAGAGAUCGAUGUAGGGAGUAAGCGAGCGGGAGAGAGAGAGAGAGAGAGAGAGAGCGGAGGGAGAGCAGUAGUAACCUGCUUCUGAAGCGCGAAGAUGGUGGAUAUGCAGCCGUAGACGGGGUCUGACAGACAGGAUUGCGCCUCAUAGCAGAUUGUGGCUACGGCCUCUCCACGGCGUGCCCAGCCGGUUGCCCAGCGGGGCGUCCUCGGGUACCUGAUAUUCGUUCCCCGUAACGUGUGCCCUAAGAGAUAG